AAUUUCAUCAUAAUCUAAUUCUAAAAAUUGUGGAUUUGAGCGCUCCCAAUUUUUCCUUCGCUUUCUCUCUCUCUCUCUCUGUUCUUCAACAUCGUGUUUAGAUCCGUCCCUCCCAUCCUUGAAGGAUGCCGUCUUUGACCCUUCUUCGUUGCAUCUAUCAAACAAAUUAGGGUUCCGAUCUGUUACCUGUUGUGUCCGUUUAAAAAAAAAAAUUUCUUUGCCUCAAAAUUUCAUCUUCAAAAAAAGAGAGAGAGAGAGAGUUUUCGAUUUUCCUUGAUUUUGCUUGAGAUUUAUGUUCUAAUCUGAAAUUCAUUACCUUAAAGAUUUGCUAUAUCGGUUCGAUUUCCAUUACGAUUGCUUGAUUUUGUAUCGGAUUUGGGGUUAAACCCAAGCUUGCGUGUUUUUACAUUAAAUCAGUAACCGUCGGCUCAAACUCUACCCCUCUUUCUAUCUGGAAAAUUUUUACAUUAAAACAAACGGAGCUCGAAAGUUAAAAAUUGACAUUCCAUUGAGUUUAAAUUUGAAAGUUUGGCUCAACUCACCGAUUACACCCGCUUAAAUGAAGUAGAGGCCCUUAUUACAUCAAUACAUCUGUGUGUGUUUUUUCCGCUUCCUCCUUUCUUUUGGCCCUUUAUUUUUUAUUUUUCUCUAAAAGCCUCACCUACAGCUUACUCCGUUCCCUGACAUUUUCACUUAAAAUUACACUGAAAAAGCUCACAUGUUCCCCAAACUUCAUCUAUUACUCAGGUUUCGAUUCCUUGUCUCCGCAUCGAACCGCCACUUUACACGGUCAAACUCUGUUUUUCGAAUUACCGCCACCUAUUCGACGAUAUGCCCAAACCAAGUUGAAAGCCCGAAUGAAGAAGCUAUAGAGCAUCCGAGAGACUCCAUCAAGAUUUUCAAGCAAUGGGGUUGCUGUGAAAACGAUUUGUUGAAGAUCUUUUCACGCCAACCUUCUUUGCGCAACGCUCAAGCUACUCCCCUUUUAUCCAAACUCAACUUGCUGAGUAGCUUGGGACUCACCGGUUCCGACAUUGUCAAGAUGGUCAAUUGUCGCCCUCGUUUCUUUUGUUCUCGUAUCAAUAAUUGCUUCGACGAGCGGAUUGAGCUCCUCGUUAACCUGUUUGGAUCGCGAGAAAUGCUUCGUAAAGCACUUGUUAGGAACCCUUCACUCUUGACCUAUGAUUUUCACAAUACCAUGAAACCAGUCAUUGCAUUGUACGAAGAGAUUGGCAUUAGUGGAAAUGAUUUGAUUGCUAUGCUCAUCUCACGUCCCACAUUGAUCCCAAGGACUUCUUUCAAUGAGGAGAAGAUGGAAUACACAAAGAAAACAGGGGUUUCAAAAGGUUCCAAAAUGUACAAGUACGUAGUUUCACUCAUCGGAAUAUCGCGGAUCGAGACUAUACGUGAAAAGGUGACUAACUUGGAGAAAUUCGGGUGUUCAGAGGAAGAGAUUUGGAGUUUGUUGGGACGUUCUCCUCUUAUUUUGACACUCUCGGUUGAUAAGGUUCAAAGGAACAUGACAUUUGUUUUGGGAACCAUGAAGCUGUCUCCAAGAGUGGUGCUUGAGCAUCCGUUUUUGUUGUUCAGCAACCUCGAAGCCGUAUUGAAACCGCGGAUAUCGUGGGCUCGGAAACUAAAGGAAAUGGAGAUUGAUCCGCAGAUUAAAGGAUCCAUCAUGUUGACGGCAUUGAGGAUGACGGAAAAUCGAUUCUUGAAUGUGUUUAUUAAAUGCCAUCCAGAAGAUGUUGCAAAUGAACUGUUGGAGUUCUAUAAACAUGCCAAAGGUCUCAAGCCAUUGGCCGAAUCAUCGAAAAAAAUACUGCGUAAAGGAUUUCCAUUUUGAACAUUUUCGUUUGUUUGUUUGGUGCUGUCUUCGUUUUCUUUUUGUUCAUUCAUGUCAAGGGAUAUUUCGAUUAAAAUUUCAGAUUUAUAACUUUUAUUCUCAAAGGGAUAGUGUGAGACUCAAAAUUUUGGGAUAUAAAAAGGGAUGCCUCUUCGUGUUUCAUUGUUCUCUCCCUGCCUAUAUCCCUUGUACUCCCCGUGAUGAAGAGUUGAAUUUUUUUCUAUGUAUGAUGGCUGGAGGGAAUAUAGAUUAUGAAACUCUACCAUUAUUAACUUUGUAGGCUAAAUUGGCACCAUUGUUGUGGUACAACUAGAAAGAUAUGGGUUAAAGCAUGUUUAAAGGCGUAUUUUCUUUUUAUUUAAGGGUUUAAAGGAGAUUAUGAUUUGUGAACAAUAAUUUUUUAAGGUAAAUCUAAUUUUGUAUAUUUCGACCCAUGAAUAUUUUUAUCCUUGAGAUAAA